AAUCCCGUUGACCUCUGGAAGGAUCAAUACGCUACAACUCGCAUCCUAGCUACCGCAAUAAUACACACCAGCUUCACUCUCCCAGACCACUCUUCGCAACCAUGACUAUCAAGUCCUUCGAUUUGGCCAAGCCUUUCAGCACGACCAACACCCCACGCGAACAUGAUGGUCCCGUCGACUCUCACUCUCCGCACGAUGAUCAAGAGAAAGACAAUCAUCACCGCUUGUCCGUGCACAGGCUCAUGAACACUCUCGGCUUCCGCGCAAACCAUAAUCCUCCUCCGGAGGCCAGCGGUAACGACGGCCCACGUCGCGCAUCAGCACCCGCUGGCGCGCUGCAAGCGAUACAAGAAGAAUCGGGCGAGCACCAGGGCAAAGGCAGGGUUCGCUUCGCCUCGUUGCCAGCCAUCGCACCGCCCUCCCGGCGAGAAGAAGGGGUGGCUAGGCGCUCCUUGUCGCCUGGUUUCAAGGGAUCGCAUGCACAACCCCGUGUCCCUUUCAUUCCACCCAACACGCUCUACAGGCGCCUCGACCACCUCGUGCGUAACACGACACGGGCGAAAUCGACCCACAAUCACGGCGAUGAUAAUGAGGAGGACGCGGAGGCAGAGCGCAAUUGGACGCGCCGCAAGAGCAAGCUCAAGGGCCGCGAACUCGAUGACGAAAAGGAGGCGGUGGAGAAACAAGGCGUGGCGAGGAGGGCGAUGGACCAUUUGGCGUUCAGUGAUGUUCUCCACCUUGCCAAGUCGGACGUUGAGCUGAAGAGACGUUCGAAGAGGUGGGCGGAGGAAGAUGGAGAUGUUCCCGAAGAGUUUCACGUUCUGGGUUCGCCUCUGGAAGAUGUCCUCAUGUAUGCGUCGAAGCCUGUCCACAUUGGCAAUUACACCCAUGACAUUCCAAUCUGGGCUGCGACAUGCAUCGAGGAAGCUAAUCGAGUUGGGAUGCACUCACCUGGACUCUUCCGGACCUUGCCCCAAGACUCCUGCGAAACUCUCCUGGCUAUCUUCGAUGCCUCCUUCGAUUUCGGCGCAAGCUUCAGUCCUCGCGGACAGCCCGUCCACACGCUCUGUGCUCUCGUAGCUGCGUUCAUCGCGAGACUUCCUGAGCCGCUCCUCCCAUCGACUAUAUAUGGGCCACUGUGGGCUUGGUCCGUGAACCCAAGUGUUCGCGCUGCACAGCUUCGUGCAAUCGAGGCAGAAGAUGACAUUCUGCACAACCAAGUGGGGAGUCACGCCGCCCUCGCCCGUCUGCACAGGCCGUCGGGCUCGCUUUCCAAGAACAAGAACAAGAACAAUCUCCCCGACAUGAGCACGCUCGCGGACGACGAGGUGAAGCAGGCGCUCGAGAGGGAUAGGAAGGACCGUUUGAGAGAUGCCUCUGAGAGGUAUCAGAUCAGCAUCGCCCAGGUUCUCCUCAGGAUGGUGCCGAGAGGCCAGGCGACGCUGCUGGCGUACCUGUGCAACUUCCUUUCCAAGAUAGAAAAAACACCAACCAAUGGGAUCAAGUACGAAGAGGUGGCCAAAAUUUUCGCAGUGGCCAUACUAGGCGGCGCAAGGAGGAUGCCGGACUUUGAUCCAGAGGAGGAAGAAAGCGAUGCUGGUGACGAUUCCGACAGCGACGACAGCGACGACGGUGACCGAAGCAGCGUCCAAGGCGUUCCCAAAUACGAGUUCAAGAAGGCAACCGCCCAGGGUUAUGACGAUUUGGAGCUCGAGGGCACCCCGGCGAAGACUGGCACAAUCUCUGCUAGCCGGAUGCAGAGCGAGAAAAUGCUCGUGUGGCUCCUCGUGCGCUGGAAGCAAAUCGCGAACGGCCUUUUUGAUGAGGACUGCGGAAUAGAGAACGAUGUUAGUGAUUCAACGACGGACUCGAGCAGCAUUGCACCUUCCAGUCUCGCACCGGAUUCGGAUCAGGCGCCAUCUUUGGCGGAUCACGCAACGCCGAGGACUGCUUGGGGCCCUGCCGUCCGGGAUGAUGGCAAAGGCAGAGGUGGCUCGGCUGCGAACGGGAGACAAAUGGAGGGGUUGGGUAUUCAACAUUUCGACAGAGAUUCCAUCCGAGGAUCGUUUGAUCAAGCGGGCUUGCCGUCUUGGGCUCCUUGGCCCCAAGUGCCCAUGUCACAUCCCCCGCCCCAAGGAUCGAUGCAUUAUUACUCAAGACCAUCCUUCGCGAGCCCUCGGGUGCAAGACCAUAUGCACAGACGAUCGCUCAUGGCGGAGCCGGGAUAUAGCCACCAGUGGCAUCGCCAGUCCCAGCAAUUCUCGCCGCCUACGAACCCUUAUCCUCUGCCGCCCGUGUACGAUCACCCUAACCAGCAGCCACAGCACCCGGGUUCGUAUUCGCCAGGCUACAACCACUGGAAUCCGCAGUUCGACUUGAACGACUACACCGCUAGACGCUCCACAUAUGGACAAGUCGCACCGCAUGCACCGAGUCAUUUCCACUAUCCUCAACCCGCUCCCCCCACACCGUUCCCGCCUUAUGCAUCCCCUGCAAACGCUCCCACAAAUAGAGGAGUUUCAACGAAGAGACGCUUCCCUUCAGAGUCGUAUUCGCAGCAUGGCGAUGUUGGGCUUUCUCGCAGCCCACCGCUCCCCGAGCCGGUGCCUUCCAUUCAUUCAGUCGUGCAGGACGCAGAGGAGUCCACCCCCAGGCCAUCGGACCGUGGAUCGUGGACUUCUACUCGUACCCCGACUCAACCACGAGUACCCAGCCCGCGCUGGUCGCACAACUCGGACGAUGUGCCUGUUCUUCCCAAGCUUGAGGAGGGCAUGAAUCUCUCGGUGGAGCUGGACUUGGGUCUCGGCCUUGGCUUUGGAUCGGAUCAGGAAGAUACGGAGUCGUGGACGGAUACGUCCUCGGCUUUGACCCCGAAACCGAGCUCGUGCAGCGCACACUCGGAUCGGAAAGAAGACAGCAAGUCUAGCACGCCCGUCGCCCCGACGAACAGCAGUGCAAGCGUGUACAGCGAAUGCUCGGCAGCUGUUGAGCGCGAAGAAGAAGUUCCAGGCGCAUUCGAAUCAGAGACGGACGGGAGUUACCACACGCCUCUCGCGGAAUCCUCCCAAGCCUCGGACACCUCGAGCCUGUCCAACUUCUCCCUCCUCAAGUCGCCCUCUUCCUUCGGGCUCGGCGAGGCGCAGUUCCAACUCGCCCUCACUGUGGGGCAGGACGCAUCAUCUAAGGGCAUGGCCAGGGGAAAUGACGGUUUGGCCGGCGCUCGGAACGCCGCGGCUGAGGCUGCUCGCAUGCUCGUGGACACGCAUACCCGUCUGGAACAGUUCAAGAGGGCCGUGCACGACGCAUCUAGCGAGGUCAAGGGCAAGGCGCCUGAGAUUGUCCGCGUGGUCAGCCAGGACCUCGACGUGGAAAGUUGUAAAGCUGAAGAGGGAGAGAUAACUGAACUCGAAGACCUCAAAGCUCGCCUCCGCAUCGCCGAAGCGGAGAGGAAGAAGGCGGAGGAGACUGUUCAGGAGAUGUGGAAGCUUGUGGAGGCUAAGAUAAGCCUGUGAUGGCAGUGCCAUCAGUUCCAGUCUUUGUUGUUUCAAUCUACUCUAUAUUCUUCCUAAUAUGCCUCGUUGUAAUUUAAGCAGCUGGUCUGUAUGCUAGACUAGAUUCCGCCAUAAUUUGAUGAUUU